AUGUUCGAGCCCGGCAAGCCCAAGAUCAAGACGCGGACAGUCACCAUCCUGAAGAAGGUCGCCCCGCCGCCGUCCCGCACAAUAGCGUCCAGCGGCGGCGGUGCUGCGCGCCCGCGUGCGCCCGCGCCGCCCGCCGGCCGCUUCCAGCUCACGUCGUCGGCGGCGGCGGCGCAACGGCCGCGGCCAGCGGCGCGCGAGUCGCCCGCCGUGUCCAACAUGCGAAAGCGAAAGGUCACGCCCAGCACGCCGCCGCAGUGGGCGAGCAGCGACGAGUCGAGCGACGACGAGGGGGCCAGGCUGCGCGUCGGGACGUCGGGCAAGCGUCUGAAGAGCAACAGCAUCGAGCCCGCGAGCGUGAACCGCCAGCUUGAGCCUGACAUGGCCCGCCGCAUACGCAUACGGCGCGACUCGGACACGAGGCAGGGCGGCCAGGCCGCACACAAGGCGGGCGGCCAAGACGCACACAAGGCGGGCGGCCAAGACGCACAAAAGGCGGGCGGCCAGGCAGACGGCCAGGCGGACGGCCAGGCAGACGGCCAGGCGGACGGCCGGGACGCACACAAGGCGGCAGACAAGAGGUGCGGCAGCCUCACACACGGCGCGGCCAUGACGCAGGGCGUUUACGCAAAAAACUACGAGCCCGCGUGGAGCGGGUCGGGCUCGGCCAAGACGCCGACGUUUGAGCUGCAGUACCCCAGCCCGCAGUCGCCCGAGAGCUUCGAGGCCAAGAAAGCACGCGACAACACCGAGUACGAUCCCCUGGGGGACAUGCAGUACACCAUCGAAGAGAUUAUAACCCACUACCUCCCCGCCGAUCUGACGCACGAGCUCUCCGACGACACCAACGGCACCGUGCGGAAGCUGAAGCGCGCAGCCAAGACGGGCACGUUUGCCGACUACCAGCUCGAGCUGAUCCGCUUCAACAAGCUGGUCAGGGCCAAGCUGGCCGAUGGCACCAUCGCCGCCAGAAUGGACGCCAUGCACGCCAUCCCGCUCAGCCUGGUCAAGCACAUGACCCAGCAGACGUACGCGCGCAUCGUCUCGCCGCUCUCGCACAAGCUGCGCAGAGUCAAGGGCAAAGAGACGACCUACGGCGAGCUGAUGCCCGUCUUCAUCCACCGCAUCUUCGCCCAGACGGCGCUCAAGAGCAACCACGUCUUUGUCGACCUCGGCUCGGGCGUCGGCAACGUCGUCCUGCAGGCCGCCCUGCAGACGGGCGCCGAGAGCUGGGGCAUUGAAAUCAUGGACCUCGCAGCCAGCCUGGGCGUGCGGCAGGCCGCCGAGCUGCGCGCGCGCGCCCGCCUGUGGAACAUCAACAUGGGCGCCAUGCACCUGCUCCACGGCGACUUUCUGGACUGCGCGCGCAUCGACGCGGUCCUCGCGCGCGCCGACGUGGUGCUCGUCAACAACAAGGUCUUUGGCGAGCAGCUCAACAACGCCCUGCUGCAAAAGUUCCUCGACCUCAAGAUUGGCUGUCGCGUCGUCAGCCUCGACAGCUUCGGCUGCGGCGACGCAAAGGGCCUCCGCAACGAGCAGAGCAUCGCUGCCCUCUUCGACGAGCAGCGCUUCGACUCGGGCACCGACUGCGUCUCCUGGGCCCGCGAGAGCGUCGAGUACUUCAUCGCCACAAAGGCGCGGUAG